GAAAAAGAAAAAAAAAAAAAAAAAGCAUCACCAUUCGGCCUUUUGUUGUUGAGCUCUCCCUUUCCCUCUUCUAUUUGUCGAAUUCAUCCACCACCGCCACAACAACCACCGCAACUGCCACCGCCAUGUGCGAUCCACCUUUUUUUGAUUGAGCUCUCUUAAUUCAUUUUUACUACAAUUUUAAUUAUUAUUUUAUUUUGCUUUACUGGUUUGAGCGAGUUGUCGUUUCUUUAUCCAAAUAAUGGCGAUUGAAGAGGACGUAGAGAGCUGUGGAAGUAGAGCAGUGGAGUCGUACUCGCAGGCGAAUCCUCGACACCAUAUGCAAAAGCUAGAGGUGUAUAACGAGGUGCUUAGGCGAAUCCAGGAGUUCAAUUAUGAAGAGGCGAAUCUUCCUGGCUUUGAUGAUCAGCUUUGGCUCCAUUUCAAUCGAUUACCUGCGAGGUAUCUUGUUGCUAAUGCAUAGAUAUGCAUUGGAUGUGAAUGUGGAGAGAGCAGAAGAUGUGCUUACGCAUAAGAGACUAUUGCAGUUGGCGGAAGAUCCUGCUAAUCGACCUGCAUUUGAAGUUCGUCUUGUGCAGGUUUAUCCUGUCCUCAAUGAAAUGUCUUUUGAUUCUAUCCUUUCAGAUUGUGCAAUGAAAGAAGAUGCACAAAGUUCUUAUAUGCCAAGCAGACAGAGUGUCCAUCCACCACCUACAUUUGGCUCAACACCUACUCUUGAAGCAUUUGCAUUUCAAGCCAGCAGAUAUCGUCUGGAAGAUGGAGAUAGUGCAGUAAAUUCAGUAUCACAUCUUUCUCGGCCUAUGCACGAGAUCACUUUUUCAACAGUUGAUAGGCCAAAACUCCUUAGUGAGUUGACCUUCUUGGUUGCGGAGAUUGGAUUGAACAUUCAAGAAGCUCAUGCUUUUUCCACUGUUGAUGGGUUUUCUUUGGAUGUGUUUGUUGUUGAUGGUUGGCCACGAGAGGAAACUGAGGAGCUUAAAAAUGCUCUUGAAAAGGAAAUCUUAAAGUUUAAGGAGCAGAGUUGUUCAAAACAAGCUUCUGUUUCUGCUGCGAGCAAGCAGAAUGAAAUGAGGGUCGAAUCUUUUCCUGACUGCAUAGAAAUACCUAGUGAUGGAACUGAUGUCUGGGAAAUUGAUAGCAGUCAGUUAAAAAUUGAAAACAAAGUUGCAUCUGGAUCAUAUGGUGAUCUGUAUAGAGGCACAUAUUGUAGUCAGGAAGUGGCCAUCAAAAUCCUCAAGCCUGAGCGUGUCAGUGCAGAAAUGCUCAGAGAGUUUUCCCAAGAAGUUUACAUAAUGAGGAAAAUUCGACAUAAGAAUGUAGUACAAUUCAUAGGUGCAUGUACCCGACCUCCAAACUUGUGCAUUGUGACUGAGUUCAUGGCUAGAGGAAGUGUAUAUGAUUUUCUCCAUAAACAAAAGGGUGUGUUUAAGCUUCCAUCCUUAAUCAAAGUGGCAACUGAUGUGUCCAGGGGAAUGAAUUAUCUUCACCAAAAUAAUAUAAUUCACAGGGACCUGAAAACUGCCAAUCUUCUUAUGGAUGAAAAUGAAGUUGUUAAGGUUGCUGAUUUUGGGGUUGCCAGAGUGCAAACUCAAUCUGGAGUAAUGACAGCUGAAACUGGAACAUACCGUUGGAUGGCACCUGAGGUGAUUGAACACAAACCAUAUGAUCAUAAGGCUGAUGUUUUCAGCUUUGCAAUAGUAUUAUGGGAACUUCUAACAGGAGAACUUCCUUACUCGUACUUGACCCCAUUGCAAGCAGCAGUAGGCGUGGUGCAAAAGGGUCUACGGCCUACAAUCCCCAAGAACACUCAUCCAAAACUUGCAGAACUUCUUGAGAGAUGCUGGCGACAAAAUCCAAAUCAGAGACCCAGCUUCUCUGAAAUUAUAGAUAUCCUUCAGCAAAUAGCCAAAGAGGUCACAAAUGAGAGGGAAGGUCGACACAAGGAUAAAUCAUCAGGUGGCUUUUUUUCAGCACUGAUAAGGGGUCACUAAGUUGGAAGAAGACAGUAGCUGUUAAUAGUGCAUUCAUGUGCAGGCAAUUUUCCUUCUUACGUACAUUCUAAUUGUACAAAUGCUUUUAUCCAACUCAGUUUUAGCUUUAUUUUGCCGCUUUUCUUUUCUUCAUUGUAAAUAGGAUUUAGUAUGUUUCAUGCAUCUUUUUUUUCCUCCUCCA